AUGCUCUUCAAUCUUUUCCCACUCAGCCCUGCUAACAUGUUGGCUUUUUGUCUACUGUUAAUCACUGUGCUUUGGCGUCGAUAUGCUACUAAACACGCCUGUCUUGUGGCGUACGAGAAGCACGACGAUGUAAAAGGCAUCCCUUCGACGUUCCCCUAUGUCUUCCCCUUCCUGAGAAGUCUACCAAUUAUGUACUUAUGGAGCCCGAAAGACUUCGUCUUGAACCCCAAGAAUUUCUUCCAGAGCGCGCAGCCGGUUCUGGUCAAAAUUCUCACUCAAGAGUUCUACGUGGUCCAGGGCCCGGAGAAUGUCAAAGCCCUCUUUAAGAGCUCUUCAGUCUGCACGUUAAUUCCCUUCGUCGAGUUCGCUCUUGGGUACGCUUUUGGCUUGCCAGCUAAGGCCCUGAGUUUAUACGACAAGGACGACUCCGGCAGUAGCCAUGUGCCUCAUCCGGACAGCACGGUGGAGGCUCGCAACCGUAUUGACUACCGCGGGCAUCAGUCCAUAGUCCAAUUUCUAGAAGGCAAAAAGCUUCUGCCUUUCUGGAACAGGUUUGCAGACGAUAUUACACAGCAGUUGUAUGGUUUACAUGAUCGCGUGGGGUCCGAAUGGGAAUACCGCGCUGAUCUGAUGAAAGUCAUUGGAGAUGAAGUAACGAUUUCAACCAUUAAUGCUCUUUGCGGCCCAUACCUCCUGAAGCUGAAUCCAAAUUUCCUGCAGGACUUCUGGGACUUUGACCGCAACUUACAGACUUAUCUCCAAGGGAUCCCUUGGUUUCUUGCGCCAAGGGCCUAUGCGGCUCGAAAGAGGGUCCUGGACGCCGUUAAAAUUUGGCAGCAGCACGCAAGGGAUCAUUACGACGACUCCGCUAUGGGUGCUGACGGUGACGAUCCAUUUUGGGGGAGUAGCUUCUUCCGAGAGCGGCACGAAAUGUUUCUUGAAAUAGACGGUUUCGAUCACGCUGCCAUCGCAUCCCAAGAUUUCGGAGCAAUAUGGGCAGUAAGAAAUUCUAUCGCUACUGUAUCAUGGGCUAUAUUCGAAAUAUAUCGGGAUCCUGAGCUUCUCGCUAGUGUGAGGGCUGAGGUUGAUAGCUGUGCGACCAGAAGCGCGGAUGGCCGCAUCCGGUUCGAUAUAGACCAAUUGCUUCGUUUGCCAGUGCUCCGAGCUGUAUAUGCCGAGACGUUGAGACUUAGGAUGUACUUUUACAUCAUCAAGAUGCCCGAUAGAGUUGAUAUGAACAUCCGAGACUGGGUUAUACCGAGGCGAAAGGUAAUUGUCACGCUGACGACAGUUGCGCAUAUGGAUUCCAAAGCGUGGAACACUGGGUUUGAUAACGAGCACCCCGUCAACAAGUUCUGGGCUGGACGAUUCCUUAAUUAUCCAUCUGGAAGUGACCCCUGCAACGUUCAGGCGCACGGUUCUACCCUCGCGUUCUCAACAAAAGAAUACGAAGGAUCAUGGAUUCCCUACGGUGGCGGACCACGACAGUGUCCUGGUCGGCAUUUUGCGAAACGCCAGAUAUUACUGACUACUGCUUUGAUAAUUAGCUUAUUUGACUGUGAGGUAUUGGAGGAGGGAAAAACCGUGCAAGAAGAUUUGACCUUGAAAGGAUUCGGCGGUGGAAUAUCGCAUCCCACUAACCUAGUGCCAAUAUAUAUAAAACAAAAGAAAUAA